AUGUUGUGGCACAAUAAGCUGCAGCUCUACCCAUUCCUGUAUUGGCUGUCCAAGGGCUUCUCGCAGUGGUGUCGCUUAUCCUUCAGCGUGGUAGUGGGUAUCAAUCUCGUCAUCAUUGCCUUCUACCCGUUUGAAGGGCUGAGUCUGGUCGAGUUCGUGCUGUCUCUGAUCGUCCUGGCGUCGUUCCUAGGCAACCAGGGUGGGCGGUUGGAUCAGAGCACCCUCACGUCUAGUAACUUCUACGUGAAGAUUCUGGACCUGUUCAGUGACUUCCACCUAUUGUAUCACACAAUGUUUGUGUUGGUGGUGUUGCUGGGGGCACUACAGCAUCCCUUUUGGUUUAGGUAUGCUGUAGACAUGUGUAUGUACUAG